AUGCUGAGCCCUUCCCAUCUUCAGGAGAAAAAGCGCAUCCUCGCGCGGGAGGAGGCUGCGCCGGCCCUGGAGACGCUCUUUGACCUUCUCCUCCGGGGGGGGGUCUACAGCCUGCUGGAGUUCCUCGAGCACGAGCUCCCGCGCGACCUCGAGCCCAUCUCCUGGGAGUCCUGGCGGAGCUCCCGCAAGGACGCCGCCAGGCCCCCCCCGCGCAUCAACCCGGAGUGCCUGCGGACGGUCCUCAAGCGCUGUGGGGUGCUGCUGAACCCGGCGGACUACCGGCUGCUGCUGCGGGCCUACGGCGACGCCGUGGGCUUCGUCCUCGUCGAGGAGCUCGUGGAGGCGCUCAGCCCUCUACGCCGGCUGCCGUUGGCGGUUUUUCACCAGAUCCAAUCCGCCCUCCGCAUCGACGGCGGCCGCGAGGUCGCCGCGAUCACGCUAGACAGCCUCAUCGGGGCCUUUCUCCCCGCCCUCCUCGGCCCCCUCGAGGCCACCGCAAACCCGGGGAUCGCCAACCGCGACGGCAGCGUCGGGGGCGGGGCGGAAAACGCGCUGGAGGAGAUCCUUCGCGCGGAUUUCACCGAGGCCGAGCGCUGCUUCGCCGCGUCGAAGUUCCCGGACGGGGUGGUGCCCCUCCGCACGGUCUGGCUUUACGUCUCGGGGCUACUUUUGAUGACCCUUCACGAUCCUCCGACCUCCGACGAGGAUGCCGCGCUGGGGUCGAUCCUUUUAGACCGUUUAGACUACAUCUCCCGCGCGACGUCCUCACUUUUAGUUUCCUCGGAGGCGUCGUUGUCAGAUCGCGCGCCGGACGCGACGGGGACGUUGGGCUCACGCCGCGAGCGAAAGUUCGAGCGCUAUGAUGAGCGCGACCGCUUGGAUGAAUGGCGGAUCGGGCGGGAGGAGCGAGGGGCGCGGGAUGGCUACCUUCGCCACGUCGUCGGUUACGCCGGACACCUCCCGUCGUUUAAAACGCACUUCGGGCGGACUUUUCACGUGAUCGAGGAGGAUCUCCCGAAGCUCACCCAGCCGCGUCCGCCAAAGCCGCCGCUUCCAUUGGAUGCCUAUGGGCCCGCUAUUAAACUUCAAUAUAACCGCAUGAGUGAGCACCACUUCAAGUUUAGCUGA